GUAUGCGUCUCUCUUCCGGUUCAAAUCAGGAUAUGGACGAGCUAUUUGUUGACGCCAUCAGCAAAAUGAUAGUCUUCAAAUGUGAAAAAGUGACAGGUUUUUCCUUACUGUAAUGUACUGAAUAAUAUAUAUAUUAUCGCCACCUUUACAGUCGGAUGCAGUUUAGACAUAAAUCUUGACUAGAGGUUGUUUAUUUUUCCGAAAACCCAUGUCAUUAGAUACUAGUUAAUGCUAGCUAUUUGUAUGCUUAAAGUGACGUGCAGACUUGGACGAGCUGUCACCUUGUAGUUUGGAAGCAUCAAAUUAUUUCAGUGUUGCUGUGUUCUGCAUGCAUCGGUUUUUCGGUCCAGUACUUGUGGACAGAGACAACCCACAGGUUGCCUUGACCAGCUCCUUAUGUCUGAAGACUCAAGCAGCGAUGAAGAAUGGUGUGUAUCCACAGAAAGGCAGGGGGAAGAUGCACACUCAGAGGCAAAAUGUUGGGAAUGUGGCAAAAAAUUUAGCAGCAUAAAAAACUUGAUGUCACACUACAAACGCCACAAUAUCACAGCCACCUGCCACAUCUGCAAUGUUAUUUUCCGACGCCUGACGUCACUCUCCAUGCACCUGGAUAAUGCACACUCACCGCCUCUCUGCAAAAGGUGCCUUCUGUCUUUCAGUAAUGUGUGGGAGUUGAACAAGCAUGCAGAGACACGGUGCAUGGGCUCAGCACCAUUUCAGGAAGCUCCCUCUUUGAUUUCAGCAGUCACAUAUCAGAAUGGUGGCAUCUUUUCAAAUGCUGUGCCUGCAGAAGAAAGCGCAAACGCGGGAUUGCAUGACUCAGUGUCACCAUUGAGGUCUCAACAAAUUACUGAGAUAAAGCCUGAGAGACCAGAAACCCCUGAAAACAGUGUUGAAUAUAUACUGGGUGAAGAUGAUAAAGACAUUGACACAGAAAGUGAUUGUGAGGAGACGGAUGAUUCUACCAGCUGUGAAUCUGAUGAUGAAGAUGAAAUACUUUCUAAAGCUGCAAACCUCAUUACAGACCAUCCAAAAUCAGAUGGUGACUGCAAAUCAAGUUCAACUGAUGAUUCCAGUGACUCCUCGACUUGUCUGCACUCUAAAAAAAACCACACACCCCCUCCUAGUGUGGACAGUUCAGUAUGUGGUGUGUGUGGUAGAGGGCCAUUUAAGUCAAUAAAGCUCCAUUUGCUGCACUGCAGUGGUGUAAGGGUAAAAUAUCAGUGUUUACUCUGUAAGAAGCUGUUUUCAACUGAGACGGCUCUCAAUGAACACUACUUGCCUUUGUAUUCCUGUGACAUCUGUGGGCAAGUUUUUUCUCAUGAGAUCUUGUACCAUCACCACCAGUGUCCAAAACAAAGCAAAUCACCUUUGGUCUUCUUUUGUUCCGAAACAAUGCCGAAAGCAUGCAACAUAUGCAAGUCCUUUUUCACUUCAGAGAAAACUUUGUUAAACCAUGUCACCAGAGUUCACACGUCAGUGGUCAGCACAAAGGUUUGCAUCAUCACCAAUCCAUCUGCACUGACUGAUAAAAAGGUUCCACUAGAUGUCUGUGGCAUCACAGCCCAGUCUUCCAUCAGUAGUAAUAACGUAGUCAGCCAGGUCAUUAAUGGGAAGCUCCAGGUUGGGCAGACCUAUGCAGGGUCACUGUCCACUGCUGUAAAAUCAAGCCCAUCUUCUGACUUGAUGGUCUCUUCCAACCCAGGCAGCUCUGCCUCAAUAUGCAUGGGGUCUCCUGCUGCACCUGUCAAACAGGGGACAGACGGUGCCUUAGGUCAGCCAGCCACCCCACCUCCAAGCUGUCUUUCUUCACCUUUAUUUGACCUUCUUGAUGCCACUGAUGCAACUCCAGCCACAGCAAACUUUGACCCUGUCUCCCCACCAAUACCCAGUAUUUUGGCCAUGUUUGAGAAUGACAGCCAGGAUGUGGCCUUGAUGAAACGUAUGAAUGCAGGCUGGCGCUCCAAGGCCUCUCACCCCUGCAGGCAGUGUGGUGCCAUGUUGCGGCAGCCCUCCCUCAUCAUCAGUCACCGCUACCUCCACCGAGGCCACCGCUCACACCAGUGCCACUGCGGCCGAGCUUUUAAGCACCGGCUGCACCUCCUGCGACAUUGUGUUCAGCAUGCGGAGGCCAUAAGCUAUAUCUGUGUCAGCUGUGGGGAGACUUUCACAGGAGCAAAACUCUUAGCAGAACACAUGAAGGGCAACUCAUGGAAAAAAGCUCAUUCUGGUCAUGCUUGGAAACGUAAAGUUAAUAAAAAGUGCAGACAGCCCUUUACAUGUGACUGCGGACAACCCUUUUUUAGGCCUUCAGCUUACAUAUGGCACCAACUUAAAAACUGGACAAAAAUGAACUGUUCAAAAAUCCCUUAAAACAACAAGGCAGUAACACACCUUGUUUAUCCUUACCACACUUUAAAGGCAUAGUUUGGGAUUUUUCAAGCUGGUGUUAAACCAAUACUCAUGUAUCCCUGUGUACGUGAGAAUAGGUCUUGGUCAUUGUCAUGUCACCUACUCUCCACAUAGACCCUGAGUGUUUCCACUCAGUCCGUCACUACGCUGCAUAAAAAGAGGGAAAAACUACAUAACUCUCAUUCAGUAAAAACAUGCACUCUGAUGUUCAUCUGUGGAUCAAAUGCAACUUCAUCUGUUCCACUAAGCUAACAUGAGUCAGUAUAUCUCAAAGGUAUACACCAAUAUUGUUUUAAGACCAACUUGAAAAGUCCCAAACUACUCCUUUAAAGCAGUUUUAAAAUCAAAAGGUAUCAUCUGCACGGACAUCAAAAGGUAUCAUUCUUAUAUGUCAUCUGACCAUUUUGUUUAAUUUGUUACCAAGUGACAAAACCAAAUAAACAUCAUGCACAUUAAUUCUUAAAGACUUUUAAUUAUAAGACUGUCCUGGAUAGGUGUUAACACAUUUUCACCAUGUGCAAAUGAAACAUAGUAAACAGGAUUAGAAUACGUUCCUCCAAAUUUUUUUUGUUUGUUUGUUUGGACAGUGUGCCAGAGUAUAUAUUAAACCAUGAUGAACUAUUUUUAAGCAGUGGAUUAAUUUAAAACACACCACAAUUCCAGUUUGUCCUUCAGAGAAAGAGUUAGUCCAGUUUAGCUAAUUUUUCUCACAAAGUGUAUUCUAGACAGUGACAUUUGUUUGGGGGGUUUCUGAAGCUUUUUGUUUUGUUUUUCUUAUUUGUUUUCACCACCUACAAUUUUUAUGUUACCGUGAGACAUUGAUAUUCAGGUUGACAAUAGCAUCUGAUUUUUAUAUGGUUGCUAUAUAAUCUUUACCACUUUAAUGUCAAUAGUGCUCAAUAUUACAUGGUGUAGUGAACUCCUGUCCACUAGAGGGAGCUGUUGGUUCGCUAAGAUGAGCUUCCAGUGCAACUUCAUCUCAAGUGUUUUUGUUCUGAGAAGAGGUGUAAAGCGCAGAAGCUCUUCCUGCAUCAGAUUAUUACAAAAUUAAGUGUAGAUAUUAAACUAUGAGUUUCACUGAACCUACGGUUGGAAAUAUAGUUAUCUUUGCACUCAAAUACUUGAAUUGAUGUUGUAGGAAAGCAGAACAGUGAUAUAUUGUUAGAGCCUGUAUUACCUUCAAU